AUGAGCACUAAUCCUAAUCGUCGCACCGUCUGCCUUCGGUGUGCUAAAAUCAAACAGGCCUGUGACGGAGGCAGCCCGUGCGCCCGUUGUAAACGUCUCGAUGUCAGCUGCGAACCAAACGAUCCAGCAAAACACAACUCCAGCUUCUCCAUCCCCAUUUCAAAGCCUUCCCGCAUCGUCCGAACUCACACCGGUUGUUCCAGUUGUAAGAAACGCAGGAGAAAGUGUGACGAAGCACGUCCACGAUGCUCCGACUGUCGCCGUCUCUGUCUCGACUGCCACUAUUCCAACCCAGUCACAGUACCUUCGACCAGCUCUGAUUCAAGCCCUUCUGACCAGAGUCCCACCGCCACCAUCACCACCUCCAAUUCUCCUAUUUCGGUACCUCAUGUCUCUCAGUCUCAACCACCUCCUUUGGACCACUCCAUUCUUGGUUAUCCCCAGGACUCCAUGACCGCAUCCCAAAGUCCACACGAUUGGUCCGAUAUUGCUGACUUGUGGCCCACCACUUCCCGAUCUAACCUCGACCUCCAUCUCGCCCAUGCCAGGAUAACACCAAUCUCAAGCCCCAGCCUACCCAUCAUCAUGUCCACCGUUCCAGAUUUGUCUGCAGCCGAAGACAAAUCCCUCCUCAACCACUACAUGAAAGUCGUUGCCCGUGUGCUCUCUCGUCGUGAUGACAGGCAACCGAAUCCUUACCUGACCAAGAUUCUCCCUAUGGCUUUUCAGAACCAGCUCGUCAUGAAUGCCGUCCUGGCACUGAGCGCUAGUCAUUGGAAGAAAAUGCAACCAGGAAUAUUCCGCCGAGGAACUAUUCAUCAAACUAAUGCACUCAAAUCACUGGCCAAACUACUACCUCACAUUGAGAAUACCUCGGCUGACGCUGCUCUGUCUGCUACCCUAUUGCUUUGCAUGAUUGAACUCUUUGACGGAACCUCGUCCCACUGGCAGUUCCAUCUCGACGGAGCUCGCCGUCUGUUGUCCGCCCUCGACCAAAAGGCCGACUGGUCACGGAAAUCCGAGUUGAGAACCUUUUAUCGACAGUUGUAUCAUUACUUGGACUCGGCCACAACUAUUUCAACCUGUCACCCGCCGUUGCUCGAAGCCCCCAAGGAUAGUGACAGCGACAGUGGCCCUUCUCCCGCAUCUUCGCAUCGAGAUGACCAAGACGAUGAAGAGGCUCUAUAUGGUGUACCCAAGUCUCUCUUCCACUUUGUCGACAAAAUCAAUGGUCUGGCUUAUCAACGCAAAUUCCGUGAAGAUCCCAUCUUUGAGACAAUGUUUCAGGCCUCGGCGUCGAGUCUCGAUAAGGAGUUGACCCAGUGGAGUCAAGAGCACCAAAUUAGCGAGGCCCACGACCCCACACCAGAUCAGCUCGCUGUCCGCCAUGCUACGACUGCCUUUGAGCAGGCCCUCCAGCUGCGUCUCCAUCAAGUGGUCAACGGCUACUCAUUACAGCACGAAAAGGUCGGACAGUGUGUAGGCCAGAUACUCGAAUCAAUCCAAGAGAUCCGGUAUGGAAGUCCGUUGGAGAGCAGUCUGAUUUUCCCUCUCGUCAUGGCAGGAGGCAGUUGCAGUACCGACAGCGAACGAUUGAUCAUCAACGAUCGCUUUCUCGUCAUGGAACGCACCUUGGGCUUUCGAUACAUCUAUACAGCCCACGAACUAGUGCAGAAGGUGUGGAAACAACGUGAUACGAUUCAAGAUGGGGAAGACGUCAAUUGGGCUGCCAUACGUUAUUUCCAAAUCCCCGGCCUAGCCCUGGUGUGAGGCCACCCACUGGUUUGUACAUUAAUGACACCACUCCAAAACACCAAACAAAAAGAGGCUAUCAGUGUCAUUCAUGCACCCACUGCUACUUCAACUGAAGCAGGCGGUAGCGUGUGCGUCGACAAUUGAGAAUCCUGCACCAGCUGGGCGAUGUGGGCAUGCAUGUCAUAGCCACAAAUCUCUUCAAUGGUCAGUUUUCCUGGCUUAUCCGUCGAACUGCUCCAACCUAUCCGCUCCGACAGAUCUGUCCUGGCACGAGCACUUGCCGUUUGCACCUUGGUCGCUCUCGCCUUUCGGGCCCUUUCGUACAACUUGAGCUUGUCUUGAACCCCAAUAUGGCUAUACUUUGGGCCAAAGAUAAUUCCCAGGGCGCCAGCGUCUUCUAUUGCCAUACAUGCACCUUGAGACUGGUCUGGGACCAUAGGAUGGGCGGCAUCACCUAGUAAAGUGCAUUUGGCGUUGGUCCAAUACGCAUACUCGUCGUGGUUGUACAGCCUCCACAUUUUGAUGUCCUCUGAGUGCAUAAAGAGUUUGUGCAGUUUGGGGUCGAGAUUGGGAAACGUGGCCACGAGAUUUUCGGGUGUUGUGGAGAUGUUCCAACCAUCCUCGCGCACAUUGUUCAGUUCUGAGGGAUAAAAGCAGUAACAGGAAACAACAUUGUUGUCCGAGCAUGCGGAGAGAACAAUCUUGUUGAUGCCGAAACCGCCCCAAAACUCGAUGGCAUUGUUGUUGAGGUAUUCUUCAAGACCCAAUUCCUUCAACUUGUCGGCGCUGAUGAUGCAGCGAUAGCAACACGAGGUUGAGGCGACAAAGUGAGGAACGACACCGAUCUGCUCCCGAGAGACUGAUCGGAUUCCGUCGGCGCAGAUGACGGCAUCGGCGGUGAUGGUGUUUCCAUUUUCAAACAGGACAGAACCGGCUUCAGGAUCAACCUCGACGGCCUUGUGCCAGGUUUCUAACUUGCACGGUGAACCUUUGCCGGCGUCUUGGAUCGCAGUCUGCUUGAGUAGAUUAUGGAUGUCGAUACGGUGGAAAUUGUUAUAAUCGGUCCCGAAUUUGGCACGGUAAU